AUGGCCACGAUAUGCAUCGCUUUCUCAUUCUUUGUCGCAGAACUGGCUGUCGGCUUUUAUACAUGCUCUCUCGCUCUAGUCGCUGAUGCCUUCCACUAUCUUUCCGACUUGAUAGGCAUCAUAGUUGCCCUGGUUGCAUUGCUGAUACAAGAACGACCUGAGCCAGCACCGCAAGAGUAUACGUAUGGAUGGCAGCGGGCUACUCUGCUGGGCGCCUUCUUCAACGGCGUCUUCCUCGUGGCGCUGAGCGUCAGUAUCCUGGUGCAGGCCGUUGAGCGAUUCAUCGAUCUCACCCACGUGCAGAACCCUCAGCUCAUCCUGAUAGUCGGAAGCGUCGGGUUGGCUCUCAACAUGUUGGUCUUGAGUUUCCUCCACGAACACGACCAUGAGCACGGCGGACAGGGACAUGGGCACGAAGAACAGCACUGCCCUCCUCAUGGGCGACUCCAUGAGGUUGCUGGGACGCUGGCUAACGAUGCAGCUAGCAAGACCGAGGCGCGCUUGACGCCGAGCACGAGUAGCCAUCACGAGCACAAGCACACAUCCGUGGCAGUGAUGUCGCCGGGCAGAGACCUUGGCAUGAUGGGGGUCUUUAUCCACAUCCUGGGAGACGCUGUCAACAACCUUGGUGUCAUCAUAGCAGCCCUAAUCAUCUGGAAGGUCGAGGGGGAGGGCCGAUACUACGCCGAUCCUGCAGUCGGGGUCUUUAUCGCAGUCAUGAUCUUCCUGUCGGCGAUUCCAUUGGUCAGGAACAGCGGCGCCAUCCUGCUGCAGAUUGCACCUGGUGGAAUCAGCCUCGAAGAUGUCAAGCAUGACAUUGAAAAGAUCCCAGGGAUCGAGUCGGUUCACGAGUUACACAUCUGGCGACUAGAUCAGCACAAAUCCAUCGCAUCUGCCCAUAUAGUCGUUGACGGUAGAACCGUCAAGAGCUUUUCGGACAAGGCGAGGAUCAUCAUGGAGUGCCUCCACGCGUACGGCAUUCACUCGGCAGCCCUGCAGCCAGAGGUACUGGCUGGCCCCCCCGUGACCAUGACGGACGGCGCAACAGACACUCAGGCAACGGCGAUCGACGCAAGCUUGGACACCUUGAGGUGUCGACAGCAGCGAGGCGAGGAGGAGUGCCAGCUGAUUUGUGGCGAGCUGUGCGAGGAGUUGAGGUGCUGUGCGCCGGCACAGUUGCAGUGA